AUGGGUUUUAAAAUUUUUAUUGAAGUUUUUAUAAUUUUUAAUUGUUUUUCGAGAAUCUCGUCAAACACUCACUGCUCGUGGAGUCUGGUAGAAAACUGUCUGAUAAAGUUCGAACCAUACCUAAACGACGGAACGGAAAUUUUACGAAAUUUGGGUGAAAUAGACGUUAUUCAGGUCUGCUGGCUCUACAGUUAUGCCACAAGUUGCCUUGCACCCUUCAUGGAAGCCUGUAAAAAUAUUAGAAACAAGUUAGGCGACAAACUACAAAACUUUGAAUACGCAUGCACUGUAGAUAGAGAGGAUGACCCACACUGGCCUGUCAUGUCGACCAUCAGUCCCCACGAGUUGGAGAUCCUCAGAAGAAAUGAAUUGAGUGAAGAACGCAAAAGAUACUUCGACAGUCUGAUCAAAGCUUCUAUCGCUGCCGGGAUAACCUUGUUGAUGGUCGGUGUCUGCCUCGCUUUCACCAUCUACUCGAAGUACAAAAUAAAGAUGGACAUUGCCAGGCAAAAAAAAUUGAGACCCGUUCUGGAGAUCAAAGUGUUGGAUGACCAGGAAAAUUUGAUCAGCAGUUUGAUGGGUAGAGUGAAUAGUAAGAAAGAGGAGUUACAGGAUCAGAGUGCUGACAAAUAA